AUGGCUCUGCCUUUCGACAAUCUCGCGGAGCAGAUGUCCCAGCUGGAUACUGCUAGGAAUGUUGUGCUUGGUGAUGCUGCUUUGUAUCCACAGAUCGUUCAGGGCAUACUCCCAAUAAUAGGCGCCAAGGCACGGAUAGAACUACGACGAUGGGGCGCCGAUUUCCUAGCAGAAACUUUUGCCAGCCCCGCGCUGGCCCAACAACCGAAGCAGAAGCUGAGUACACAGGUGGUGCAGACAUUGUGGGAAUUAUUGGAAAAUCCAGAAGAGGAUGCCAGUGUCGUAAAGGGCGUUAUUCAAACUGCUGCUAGUAUUUACCCAUUGGUGUUUAGAACUAUCAUUGAUAACUCCAACGAAUCUGCAUUGUGGGAAAAAAUGACAGCCAUCAAGCAGAAUAUUUUAAAGCGAUGGGACACUGCUUCCAAUAACAUCAAGGCUUGCUGUAUCAAAUUUGUCCAGAAGGUGGUGCAGGUCCAAACUACUGGCGUCAUAUCUGAUCCAAGGCGUCCUGAGCAAAAUGAAACCUCCUUGUCAAUUGUGCCGAGAAAUCAUCCACUUAUACCACUACCUAAUCUCGAAGCAGAAGCUUCUGGCUUGCUAGAUAGGCUACUCAACGUGUUCAAUGAAAAUUCGAGGUGUGUAUCCGAAUCCGUUUGUACCGGUAGUAAGACAAGACAACCACCGAUUAACAGUUAUAGUGAUCCUAUCUUGGUCAACGCAACGUUAAAUUGCCUCCCGGUCAUGAUACGCACCCGACAGUCCAUUUCAAGUAAGAUUGUAAAUGCGAUUCUUAAUUUCAACCCGCUUAAACAAGCAAAUGCGCCAAUGACUCCUACAAUUCGAGUAAAUAUCAAGUCCAUGGAACGGACCACGAGGGCACUGCUCAUCAAUUUAAUGAAGAGGAACCCAAAUCAUCCUUUGGCAAGCCGCAUUCAGCCAUAUUUGGAACGAUUAGCGCAGUCGCGGAAUGAUAUAUUCGAAGAAGCAUCGAAAAAACGGGCGCUGCCAACCGAACCGACUGAUCUCGUAGAUAGCGCAAAGCGUGCAAGACUUGGCGUUGAUACUCCCCCUCAAUUGAAGAUCCCUCCCAUGCCCCCUGGCCCCAAUUCUUUUGCUCAGCUCUUCACAUUGACCGAUGAAGCGGGUUUGGCAUCCUUUGAUGUCAAACAGCUUCCCGCAGACCUGAUUGUCAAAAUCACCGUUCCUGUGCUUAGUCGAGUUGAUCCUGAGGCAUUAGAUCAAGCUAUUGGCGCUGUUCGGUCUCGUUACCUCACAUUAUCUAAGAAACAAGUCUUCGAACAACAAUCCUCACAGCAUGCCGCUCCAAUAUCAACAGCCGGCAUAGAAGAGGAUGAUGACUACGAACCAGAAUAUCAGCCAAUGGACAUCCCAACUGGGACUCAUAUGCCAACGGCAUCGUCCAUUGCCGGAAAUGAACAAUUCCAACCAGAUCUCGUUGCCCUCGGCCCUUUUGUCCUACCUCAGCCACCACCAUUAACAGAGGAAGAAGCCGCCGAAAUUGGAAAGGGUGCAAUUGAAAGGGUUUUUAACAUGAUUUCCACCUUAGAGCAACCAUCAAAGUCAACCAAAGGCUCCCAGAAACCAGGUUUCGGGAGGCUAGCAGCCAGCUCUUUUGAUAGGGAUUCUUGGUUGGUCUUGCUCACUCGAUUGGCAACUCGAGCCUCGGCCGGCUUGGAGGUGGAUGAAACGGAUGAGAAUUUUAAAGCUGAAGACGGCCGCCAAUUGUUAUUGAACCAACGCAUCACCAUGGCAAACGGCAUCAGGGAGAUGUUAUAUCGAUAUGUCCUUGAAGAUUUUCGUGUUCGAAUCAAUGCCGCUAUUUCCUGGAUGAACGAAGAGUGGUACAAUGACCAAAUACAACUGAAAUAUGCCGCCACAGAGGAUAAUGGUGAACAUGGUAACAUGUCCUCGAAACACUAUGAGAAAUGGGUUAUGAGGCUACUGGAAGGCAUAUUGCCUUAUUUGGACAGCAAGGAUAAAGUGUUGAUUAGGUUUCUAAGUGAGAUACCGGAGCUCAGCCCGAAGCUCGUGCAAAAGACGAAGAGUUUGGCAAAUGAUCCUGAACGUGUUGCCCUAUGUGUUCAAGCCCUUCACUAUCUUGUCCUAGUGCGGCCUCCAGCAAGGGAAAUUUGCCUAGAUGCUCUCCAAGACCUCUAUACAAAAGUGGACGAAGCGGGGCCACUCGUUUCAAAAAUCCUCCUCAAAUGGCGACCACAUGCCAUUCCAAAGCAAGAGAACUCUACCUCUAAACCUAACCCUACAUCAACAACACAAACUCCACGAACAGCCUCGCCGUCGACUGACCAAGACGCAAACUUCAAUCCCAGAGCUGUGUCCAGUGACAAUGCGUCGAAUGGUGUAAAAUCAGAACCAGGUGCUGCUGGCAUUGUCGACGCCCAAAAUCAGGACAUUAAGCGCGAGUCUGAAUCGAUUCCUGGCUCAACAUUGAGCGGCACGCCGCAGCAGGAAAUGAAGGGGAUGGAUAAUACGGCUGAUUCGUCAUCCACAACUACUACUGUGCCUGGUUGA